AUGGCCAAGAAGAGAGCGAGAGAAGCCGACGGAGCUGCUCCUGAUCCGAACAGGAUGCAGGAAGAUGAAAGCUCAGAUGACGACGACUUCGACAUUGUGAAUGUUGACUUUGAAUGGUUCAACUUUUCAGAAGUUGACUUUCACGGCACAAAGUCUCUCCUUCGACAACUUUUGGAUGUUGACUCGCAGCUAUUUGACAUUUCGGGCCUUGCCGACCUGAUAUUGUCACAGCCUACCAUUGGAUCAACUGUGAAAGUCGACGGCGAGAAGGCGGACCCAUAUGCCAUGCUCACUGCGCUCAAUUUGCAGGAGCACCGGGAGAAGAAGCCGUUCGCAGACUUGACGCAGUACAUUAGCGAGAAGGCCAAGUCUAUUGAGGCGCUCUCGCCGUUACCAGAGCUCUUGGCUUCCGGAAAGCACGUCGGCCUGGUUCUUUCAGAGCGUCUAAUCAACAUGCCAUCAGAGAUCUCACCGCCGAUGUACAAUCUACUAAUCGACGAGAUUGAGGCGGCGGUUGAGGAUAAGGAGCCCUACGAGUUUUCACACUACUUAAUCCUGUCCAAGGUGUACCACGAAGUAGAGUCGACGUUGGACGUGUUGGACGAGCGCAAGAAGAAGAAGGGCAAGGUCGCGGAGCCUGCCGUGUUCUACUUCCACCCGGAGGACGAGGUCUUAGCAAGGCAUGCAGUGGCGUCUGGCACCUAUGAGUUCACGAAGCAUAGUGAGGCUGUGGCAGACAGCAAGCGCGCGUUCCAGGAGAUGGGUAUUCAACCGAAGGGCUGUUUGAUGUUGAUAGAGGCAGACAAGUUCGCAGGUGCGGUGAAGGCUAUCAACGAGUAUCUGAGUCCUUCGUCAUAA